CAAAGACGGCAGCGUGACACGCGUGUGGAGGAAGUGUAGGGACAGACCGCCAAGCCUGACCACCUCCACCUGCCUGGGUCAGCAGCUUAUUCUCUGUUUACCGUAACAUGUCCUGGCUGUUCGGCCUGAAUAAGGGGCAGCCCGAGGCGCCCCCGGAAUUCCCGGUUCCACCGCCACUCCCUCCACCGGCUGGCGGCGGCGAUGAUAAACCCAAGGACAAAUGGAGCAAUUUUGAUCCAACCGGGCUGGAGCGAGCGGCCCAGGCGGCAAAGGAGCUCGACAAGUCUCGUAAGUGUCUUGCAUGAUAACUACAUUUUAUAGGACUGUAUAACUAGUAGCUAGCUAGCAUAUUUGUAGUCAUUCCAGAAAGAGCGAUGCACCCGCAGCAUGCUUUACAGCCUCAGCAGUGAUGCUGAUACAACACCGGCCCGUGUCCUGACAUAGCAUAAUCUCAUAGCUAGUUUCCACGGGUAUCUAAGUUAACGUUAUCUAGCUAGCUAUUCUUCAUGACAGCUAUCAGUAGGACAUAACACUGUAGUAAACGAGAAUCACAUGUAUCACAUUGAACGUUGUGCUGCACAUUUUCAUUCAUGUUGGAAGUUGUCCAUAGUGCCUUCAAGUUGAAAGGUGCAAAUGUUAUUCCUUCACACAGUUCAGUUUGCCAGAUAGCUUUAGUUACUAGUUUUAGUAUAACUUAAUUAAACCAGGUUUAAAACCUUAUAUUUCAUAUUACAUUAUUUUUCAGAACAUUAAAUUAAAUUCUAAUUGGUUUGAAUAUAGCCUACUGUCAUUAAAUUAAAUGUACAGUUGAAGUCAGAAGUUUACAUACACCGUAGCCAAAUACAUUUAAACUCAGUCUUUCACAAUUCCUGACAUUUAAUCCUAGUAUAAAUUCCCUGUCUUAGGUCAGUUAGGAUCACCACUUUAUUUUAAGAAUGUGAAAUGUCAGAAUAAUAGUAGAGAGUGAUUUAUUUCAGUUUUUAUUUAUUUCAUCACAUUCCCAGUGGGUCAGAAGUUUACAUACACUCAAUUAGUAUUUGGUAGCAUUGCCUUUAAAUUGUUAAACUUGGGUCAAACGUUUCGGGUAGCCUUCCACAAGCUUCCCACAAUAUGUUGGGUGAAUUUUGGCCCAUUCCUCCUGACAGAGCUGGUGUAACUGAGUCAGGUUUGUAGGCCUCCUUGCUCGCACAUGCUUUUUCAUUUCUGCCCACAAAUGUUCUAUAGGAUUGAGGUCAGGGCUUUGUGAUGGCCACUCCAAUACCUUGACUUUGUUGUCCUUAAGCCAUUUUGCCACAACUUUGGAAGUAUGCUUGGGGUCAUUGUCCAUUUGGAAGACCCAUUUGUGACCAAGCUUUUACUUCCUGACUGAUGUCUUGAGAUGUUGCUUCAAUAUAUCCACAUAAUUUUCCUUCCUCAUGAUGCCAUCUAUUUUUUUAAGUGCACCAGUCCCUCCUGCAGCAAAGCACCCCCACAGCAUGAUGCUGCCACCCCCGUGCUUCACGGUUGGGAUGGUGUUCUUCGGCUUGCAAGCACCCCCUUUUUCCUCCAAACAUAACGAUGGUCAUUAUGGCCAAACAGUUCUAUUUUUGUUUCAUCAGACCAGAGGACAUUUCUCCAAAAAGUACGAUCUUUGUCCCCAUGUGCAGUUGCAAACCGUAGUCUGGCUUUUUUUAUGGCGGUUUUGGAGCAGUGGCUUCUUCCUUGCUGAGCAGCCUUUCAGGUUAUGUCGAUAUAGGACUCGUUUUACUGUGGAUAUAGAUACUUUUGUACCUGUUUCCUCCAGCAUCUUCACAAGGUCCUUUGCUGUUGUUCUGGGAUUGAUUAGCACUUUUCGCACCAAAGUACGUUCAUCUCUAGGAGACAGAACGCGUCUCCUUCCUGAGCGGUAUGACGGCUGCGUGGUCCCAUGGUGUUAAUACUUGUGUACUAUUGUUUGUACAGAUGAACGUGGUACAUUUAGGCUUUUGGAAAUUGCUCCCAAGGAUGAACCAGACUUGUGGAGGUCUACAAUUUUUUUUCUGAGGUCUUGGCUGAUUUCUUUUGAUGAUUUUCCCAUGAUGUCAAGCAAAGAGGCACUGAGUUUGAAGGUAGGCCUUGAAAGACAUCCACAGGUACCCCUCCAAUUGACUCAAAUGAUGUCAAUUAGCCUAUCAUAAGCUUCUAAAGCCAAUACAUCAUUUUCUGGAAUUUUCCAAGCUGUUUAAAGGCACAGUCAACUUAGUGUAUGUAAACUUAUGACCCACUGGAAUUGUGAUACAGUUAAUUAUAAGUGAAAUAAUCUGUCUGUAAACAAUUGUUGGGAAAAUGUACUUGUCAUGCACAAAGUAGAUGUCCUAACCGACUUGCCAAAACUAUAGUUUGUUAACAAGAAAUUUGUGGAAUGGUUGAAAAACAAGUUUUAAUGACUCCAACCUAAGUGUAUGUAAACUUCCGACUUCAACUGUAUGUCUCUUGAAGAUCAAUGUCCCUUUUCCUUGACUUAAUUUCAGGUCAUGCCAAAGAGGCCCUGGAUCUGGCUCGCAUGCAGGAGCAGUCUGUUCAGAUGGAACAUCAGACCAAAAUCAAGGUACAGUUGCACUAAACAAGGCACAUGCAGAGUAAUGUGUCGGACACCAAAUACAUGAUACUAUCAAUCCAAUAUCUGAUCAUGCUAUUUGUGUUUCCUCUGUGUUCGAUGGUGGCAGGAGUACGAGGCAGCAGUGGAGCAACUGAAGGGGGAUCAGCUGCGUAUUCAAGGGGAGGAGAGGAGGAAAACUGUCGGCGAGGAAACCAAGCACCAUCAAUCGGUGAGAGGAGAGCAGAGGAAGGGUUUAGUGGUACUGCAUAGGGGGUGGUUGUGCAGUAGUAUUCAUUGUACUGUAGAGUAUGAGGUCAAUGAUGGGCUCAUAGCAUGGAUCAUAAUGCAGACGUAUGGGUAAACCGUAGAAGCAAGCAUUUGCCCUGUAGUAGUAAAGAUAUCUUUGAGUUUGUAGAGAGUAGAAUUGUGUCGGUAAGUUUAGAGCUUGAAAUAGUUUGCACAAUUAGUGUUAAUUCUGUUGAAACAGGCUGCAAUGAGAGAUUCGGAGGAACAAGGGGUUGCAUAUCUGUCCACCAGAUGGCGACUAACAUGUGUUACUAUGGUUACCGUCUCCUUUUAUCCCUUCACAGAGAGCACAGUUCCAAGACAGACUUGCCAGACAGAGGUAUGAGGAUCAACUCAAGCAACAGGUAAGACCAAAUGCCAUUAGCUGCAAUAUCUACUCAGUACCAAUUAGGAUAGAAAGAAGUAGAGUGAAAAUGCUGUGUCCACCUGACUGUGUGGCCUAUCCUCUGCGUCCUCAGCAAGCCCUGAAUGAGGACAACCUUCGCAAACAGGAGGACUCUGUGCUUAAACAGGAGGCCAUGAGGAAAGGUACUGACCCCGUAUAAUACUGUCACACAGCCUCCAGGAAUAUGGUUCUGCUUCUAUUUUCACUGGUCAUUAUAGCCAUAUGGGGUCUGGCAAUAACAAAAUGUUUAAGGGAUAAUCAACGAGGGGCUAUGCAUUUUAUGUAAUAACGUGGCGCGUCGUGAAACUAACUUUCCACGGAGUUUCAUUAUUUUCCAGAGAACGCAGAGAGACCAGAGUAUACUCCCUUUUAUACAUACCAUGGCUAUAACUUAACACAGAAAUGUGUUCAACAUCCGCUGAAGUAGCUAGCAAGUUUUCUAGAUAGCUACAGUAGUUGCCUUGUAACCAAACACAGACUUGCUAGUUUAGCUAACCAAAACAUCAGUCCUAGCUUAGUAUUAUGAAAAUAAAAUUAAUCAGUGCCUAUAAUGUUAAUGUUUUCAAUUCGACUUUAGCUUUCCAAAGCAGCUCAAACACAGAACAUGUAAGAAUGAACUAGCCAUUGAAUUCUACCAUGCUGAUAUACUGUGCGUUAUAGGGAAAUAAUGCACGCUCUAGAAUGCCCUUCAAGCCAAUCAGAAACAAGUAUUUAACAAUGCUAUGGUAUAUUGAUGUUAUAUCCACUGAUGUAUCCUCUCCACAUAGCAACAAUCGAGCACGAGAUGCAGCUGAGGCACAAGAAUGAGCUGCUACGUGUAGAGGCGGAGUCUAAAGCUCAUGCACGUGUUGAACGGGAAAACGCAGACAUCAUCCGCGAGCAGAUCCGCUUGAAGGCAGCAGAGCACAGACAGACUGUACUAGAGACUAUACGGUGAGACAGACAUAGUGUAUUACACUACAGACCUUACAGAAAGAUACUAUAUUGGAAACCUGACUGUCUUUGUAUAUUUCUGUGAUUUCAGGACUGCAGGUGCUGUGUUUGGGGAAGGAUUCCAGGCCUUUGUGUCAGACUGGGAUAAAGUCACAGCUACGGUGAGACCUGCCUUCCACUCUACUUCCUUGUUUAUGUUCAUUAAUAUGUGAACUGCCAAUGACUCCUAAAUAAGUACCUGAUAUGUUAAAGGUUUAUUUAUAUCUGAUCUAAGCUGUUCUUGGAGCGUCUCUAAAUGUAGUGUAUUUGUUCCGUCACACCACCAGGUGGCAGGACUGACCCUGCUGGCUGUGGGUGUAUAUUCUGCCCGGAACGCCACAGCUGUGGCAGGGCGCUACAUUGAGGCCCGGCUCGGGAAGCCCUCAUUGGUCAGAGAGACGUCUCGCAUCACUGUGGCGGAGGCGAUCAAGCACCCCAUCAAGGUAGAGAGGCCCUGCUGUGCAUUUUAUACGUCUUGUGUCUGAUGCUUUUUGUGUUUUUUAUUGCAAUUAAAUUAAGUUAGCUAAACACUCUUAUUUUGAAGUAUUAUGAAGUGAUGGUGAGGUGCAUUUUCUUAUUUUUCCUCUCUUAUAGAUGUCAAAGCGCCUGACAAGCAAACCUCAAGAUGCCCUGGAGGGAGUAGUGCUCAGUGUGAGUACCGACACUCAGCACACACCUGAGCACCAGCGAGCCAUACCUUAUAGAGUCUCAACACAACUAAACCUGGGAGAUAUUAUACCCAGCACAUGUAUUAAAGAGACAUUCAUAGAGAAUGCUGUGUACACAUCUUGUGUAGAGGGAAUAUUUGUUAUUGCAGGCCUGCUUUGAGCCAAAAUGUUGAUCUCCCUGAUAUGAAUUAUUCCGUCCACUCCUCACAGCCUAACUUAGAAGAGCGUGUACGUGACAUUGCCAUAGCAACUAGGAACACGCGGCAGAACAAGGGGCUCUACAGGAACAUCCUCAUGUAUGGCCCCCCAGGUACUGGCAAGACCCUCUUCGCCAAGGUAGGCCCCUUACAGAAUCACCUUGACUUUGACAAGUGGUGUUAUCUUGGUAUCUGUAUAUGUUGGUAACUGUCUCUCUGUGUUCUGAGUAGAAGCUGGCAGUGCACUCUGGGAUGGACUAUGCCAUCAUGACGGGUGGAGAUGUGGCGCCCAUGGGCCGUGAGGGUGUCACCGCCAUGCACAAAGUCUUUGACUGGGCUAACACCAGUCGCCGCGGGUAUGCUACCCUCACUUGCAGUACCAUCAUACUAUUGAUAGAACUUAAUGAAAAUGUAACCAUGAUGUAACCAUAUAACGUAAGUAUCUACGUAACUUGACAUAAUAUACAUUUGAACUUGCAUUAGACACAUAUGCAGACAUGCACUUGAAACGAUAUACAGAGAACGAUGUAAGACCAGUGCAGCUCUGCUAAUGCCAUCCUGUCUCCUGUCUGACACAGCCUGCUGCUGUUUGUUGAUGAAGCUGAUGCAUUCCUUCGCAAGAGAUCUACUGUAAGUGUGUUGUGUACAGACCUGGUAUCAAAUACAUGUGUAUUUGAGUAUCUGGUAUUUAAAAUACAUUUUUCUGUGUAUUUGAGUAUUUCCAAAUACACAGGCCAAAACAAUAACUUUUAUUUGAGUUAUUUGAAUGGUUAUUUGUAUUUUAAAAAACGAAUACUCUGCAAAAUUGUAUUUGAGAGUAUUUUCAAAUACUUAUCUUAAAUACUAUUUUCAAAUAUCUGGGUUACGUCUCCCGAGUGGCGCAGUGGUCUAAGGCACUGCAUCGCAGUGCUAGCUGUGCCACUAGAGAUCCUGGUUCGAAUCCAGGCUCUGUCGUAGCCGGCCGCGACCGGGAGACCCAUGGGGCGGCGCGCAAUUGGCCCAGCGUCGUCCAGGUUAGGGGAGGGAAUGGCCGGCAGGGAUGUAGCUCAGUUGAUAGAGCAUGGCGUUUGCAACGCCAGGGUUGUGGGUUCGAUUCCCACAGGGGGUAUGAUUUUUUAAAAUGUAUGCACUAACUGUAAGUCGCUCUGGAUAAGAGCGUCUGCUAAAUGACUAAAAAUGUAAAUGUAAAAAUGUUAAAUACAUGGGAGUGUAUUUGAGUCGGUGUAUUCGAGUAUUUUCAAAUAAUUUCCAAGCGUAUUUCCAAAUACAGUAAAAUUUUCAACUACUUGUCUUUUCAAAUAUAAAAUAUCAGAAUACUUACUUCGAAUGUAUGUGAAAGGAAUUGAGAAAUUUGAAAUAGGAUUUGAACCCAGGUCUGGUUGUGUACUUUCCUGUAUUGAAAUGAUAGCAAAACCAAAACAAUGAUAAAAUUCAAGGUUUGUGUCUUUUUUGUUUGCAGGAGAAGAUCAGUGAAGAGCUCAGAGCAACUUUGAACGCAUUCCUGUACCGCACUGGAGAGCAGAGCAACAAGUCAGUCCUCAUUGACUCCCGCACUCUAAAUUCACCAUAUAUACGCCCAACACUCUAAAUUCACCAUAUAUACGCCCAACACUCUAAAUUCACCAUAUAUACGUCCAACACUCUAAAUUCACCUGAUCUACGCCCAACACUCUAAAUUCACCUUAUCUACGCCCAACACCCUAAAUUCUGAUGUACAAACUUCCUCAAAUACCACAGCAUUCUAACCCUAAUAGCCCACUGGUGUGUCGUCUUCCUCCAGGUUCAUGAUGGUGCUGGCUAGUAACCAGCCGGAGCAGUUUGACUGGGCCAUCAAUGACCGCAUUGAUGAGAUAGUCAACUUUGCCCUGCCGGGUCCUGAUGAGAGAGAGAGGCUGGUGCGUCUGUACUUUGACAGAUACGUGCUUGAGCCUGCCACAGGGGGGAGACAGUGAGUCA